CAAACCCAAAAGGAGGGAAAUUCACCACGUGAUUAAAUAAUUUAACUGGGAUGCCGCCGCUCUCCAAUUUCGUUUUGUAUUGUUUUGGGAGUCUUCCAAAACUUACACGGUAGCAGCGCGUCAAAGGAGCUAGGUUUAAAGGGGUGCUCGUUCUGCCUUAAGCAUGGAGACGGAGAGCGCGAAGGAAAGCGCCGUCGUGACCGAUUUGGACAGGGACCAGCAGUAUUGUGAGCUUUGUGGAAAGAUGGAAAACCUGCUUAAAUGUGGACGAUGUCGGAACUCGUUCUACUGUAGUAAAGAACACCAGAAAUCGGACUGGAAGAAGCACAAGCAGUUUUGCAAAGAGGCCGAAAAACCUCAGUGUCAGCCGCAGCCCGAAUCAACACAACAGCCCGCACGGACUGGCAAAGGAGGGCAAGGCAAGCGGUUCAAAAAGAAAAGCACCGAGCAACAGAAUGACACAGCUUCUCAGAGCACCACAAACACUGGACGUUCAAAUCCGCCUGCAGAUGGCGAAAGAAUGAAAUAUUUGAUCACUUCGGCAACUCGCUCGGGUAGUGUGUCUGACAGCAAGCAGACUGGGGAAGGAAUUAAGCUCAGCUAUAAGACCAACGGACAAACGAUGUCCCCCCCGGAAAAACUGGCUAUGAACUAUAUCGUUCCAUGUAUGAAUAAGCACGGCAUCUGUGUUGUUGACAAUUUCCUUGGAGAAGAGACUGGACUGAGUAUUUUGGAAGAUGUGAGAGCCCUCCACAAGACUGGUAAAUUUACUGACGGACAGUUGGUUAGUCAAAGAAGCGACUCCACUAAAGAUAUACGAGGAGACAAAAUAACUUGGACUGAAGGAAGAGAGCCUGGUUGCGAGAAGAUAGCCUUUCUCAUGAGUCGCAUGGACGACUUGGUCCGACACUGUAAUGGUAAACUGGGAAACUACAAAAUAAAUGGAAGGACGAAAGCUAUGGUGGCCUGUUACCCAGGAAACGGGACUGGGUAUGUACGCCACGUGGAUAACCCUAACGGCGAUGGGAGAUGUGUAACAUGUAUUUACUAUCUCAAUAAAGACUGGGAGGCUAAGGAACACGGAGGAAUCCUGAGGAUUUUCCCAGAGGCCAAGGCACAGUUUGCCGACAUCGAACCUAAGUUCGACCGCCUGCUCUUCUUCUGGUCGGACCGGCGGAACCCCCAUGAGGUGCAGCCGGCAUACCACACCAGGUAUGCCAUAACAGUGUGGUAUUUUGAUGCCGAUGAACGAGCUCGGGCCAAGGAGAAAUACCUAACAAGUGCAGGAGAAAAGGGAGUAAAGGUAGAAUUGAACAAGCCGUCGAAUCUGAGCUAAUAUGAGAGAAGCGGUUGGUCCUGAGGCGCCACUGCCAUCACCUGCUGCUGCUGUGGACAGAUUCGGAAAGAGGGAUGGAUGGAUGGAUGGAAGGAAGGAAGGUGGGAUGAAGAGGAGAGAGAAGAAAGAAACCAACUUGGACUAGUCCGCUUUCUUUACACUUAAUAUCCAAAGUUGACACACACACACACAGACAGACCCUGAAUGUGAUGUCAUUGCACUGCAAGGACUCAUCAUUAUUUCCCAAGUUUCUGUUUUUGCUUGUUGCUUUGAUUUUUUGCCUUUAUUAUGUGUAAAUUAGCUUUGGAGAAAAAAAAUAUGUAUGGAGUGAGCCGAAUGCAAAGAAGUUAUAUUCUUGUGAAUUUUGGGGUGAUGUAAGAAGGGUACCCAUAUGUGCUUAUCUGUCAGACGGGUUGUCAAGGUCUCCAUCGGCUGGAUCUCUCACUGUUAAAAUAGAAAAAAAGGUACAGAAGAUUGUGUAUGAUGUCCCUCGACUGGAGGUUGUCACACACACUGUCCGGCUAUUGCCUGAUGCACACCAUAAGGCCGACUCAAACCGUACUGUGCUGAUUUGGAUACUUUCUUUUCAC